AUGGCCGAGUUUAAAUUAUUAUUACUAUCUUCUCUUUUAAUCUUUUUUCUGUCACGUUUCAACUCAGUAGCUGCUGAAGAUGUUCAACUUACAGUCAAAGGACUCACCUCCAUAGCCAAAACAGAGGAUACUUUCAUUUGUGCAACUCUGGAUUGGUGGCCGAGUAGCAAAUGCGACUACGGCCAAUGCCCAUGGGGUCGUGCUGGAAUUCUAAAUUUGAAUUUGAAGAAUAAAAUUUUAGUUAAUGCUAUUAAAGCUUUUGGGAAUUUGAGAAUUAGAGUUGGAGGGUCAUUAGAAGAUCAAGUUGUUUAUAAAGUGGGAAAUGCAAUCAAGAAAUUUCCUCACUUUAAAAAGUCUGAUAAGGGCAUGUUUGGAUUCAGCAAAGGGACUCUUACUAUGAAGAGAUGGGAUGAACUUAAUCAACUCUUCAACCAAACAGGGGUUAAACUCACAUUUGGGUUGAAUGCUUUGAUUGGAAAACUCAAAUCCAAUGACUCAAACCUAUGGUUACGAGAUUGGAACCCAAGAAAUGCUCAUGAUCUUAUGAAGUAUACUAUUUCCAAAGGCUACAAGAUUGAUUCUUAUGAAUUAGGAAAUGAGUUGUCUGCAUCAGGAGUAUCUGCAAGACUAGACCCUAAUCAAUAUGCCAAAGAUAUAAUUGUAUUGAAAAAAUUAAUAGAUAAAUUGUACCCAGAUCCUGAAACCAGACCGGGAGUGCUUGGACCGGCCGGUUUUUAUGAGGAGAAAUGGUUUAAUAAAUUUUUCCAAGCCACUGGACCAAAUAUCGUUGAAGGAGUAACCCACCAUAUAUACAAUCUGGGUCCAGGUGUGGAUUCAACUUUGAUUUAUAAGGUUCAAGAUCCAUAUUACUUGGAUCAAAUAGCAGAGACAUACAAAGAUCUUUCAAGCAAUAUCAAGGAAUUUGCUCCUUGGGCAGGAGCUUGGGUUGGAGAAGCUGGUGGUGCUUAUAAUAGUGGAGGCAAAGAUGUUUCUCACACCUUUGCUAAUGGAUUUUGGUAUUUGGAUCAACUGGGCAUGACCUCAUCAUUCAACCACAAGGUCUUCUGUAGACAAGCCCUCAUUGGUGGAAAUUAUGGCCUUCUUAACACCACUUCAUUCAUACCAAAUCCUGAUUAUUAUGGUGCUCUUCUAUGGCAUCGUCUGAUGGGGAAGGAAGUCCUAGGAGCUAGUCACAAUACUACCCCUUAUUUGAGAGCAUACUCUCAUUGUUCGAAGAAUAAGCCUGGGAUUGCUCUACUUCUAAUUAACAUGUCAAAUCAGACAAGCUUCAGUGUGUCUGUCUUGAAUGAUGAUAGUCCUUAUUCAGACAAUUACAAGCUUAUGAAUUAUAAAUAUGGAGGAAUAGACAAAAGGGAAGAAUAUCAUUUGACUCCUAAAGAUGGAAAUAUUCAGAGUGAUGUUGUGCUAUUGAAUGGAACACCAUUGAAGCUUACAACUUCACUGGAGAUUCCGGAAAUGAAGCCGGUGAUCGUCGAUCCGUCGUCUCCGAUCACCGUUGUUCCUGAUUCCAUUGUUUACGUUACUAUUAAAGAUUUCAAAGCUCCUGCUUGUGCUUAA